UAAGGGUGUGACACCCUCUCCCGUCAGGAGCUGUUUACUUUCGGCAGCUGUGGUUCUGAAAGAGAUCAUGAGAGAUGGAGCUCCAGGAAACAGUGUCUGUGCCGGUGUUUCCAGCAGUGGAUAAGGACGGGUUUCUGCGAGACAUCUAUCCACAGCGCCGACCAGCCGUGCUGAGGGGGUUGAGUCUGGGAGAGUGUGUGGAGAAAUGGACCGUGGAAUAUCUGGGAGAGAGAGGGGGAGACAAGGAGGUGAAGGUCCAUGUCUCCACGGUGCCGCACAUGGACUUCCUCCACAAAAACUUUGCAUACAAGACUCUUCCAUUCAAUGAAUUUGUAAAAAGAGCAUCUGAAAAGAAACACUCAGACUUCUUCCUGUGUGAAGAUGAAAGCUAUUAUCUUCGAUCACUGGGAGAGGACGUACGAAAGGAACCUGCUGAUAUGAGCAAACAGUUCCCAGGCUUGGCGGAGGACUUUCUCAUCCCACAAUUCUUUGAGCCUGAUCAGUUUUUCUCCAGCGUGUUCCGCAUCAGCUCCUGUGGCCUGCAGCUGUGGACGCACUACGAUGUGAUGGAUAACCUGCUGGCUCAGGUGACAGGGAGGAAGAGGGUUGUGCUCUACAGCCCACAGGAUGCAUUGCACCUCUACCUGUCAGGUGAUAAAUCAGAAGUCCUAGACAUCGACUCCCCCGACCUGAACCACUUUCCUGACUUUGUGAAGGCAAAGAGACACGAGUGUGUGUUGGAGCCUGGAGACCUGCUCUUCAUCCCUGCCCUGUGGUUCCACAACACCCGGGCCCUGCAGUUCGGUGUAGGGGUAAACGUCUUCUGGCGCCACCUUCCUGCGGACAGCUAUGACAGGAAGGACCCGUACGGGAACAAAGAUCCGGUGCCGGCGUCCCGGGCCCUGCAGGGCCUGGAGAGAGCGCUGCACGCUCUGGACCAGCUGCCCCAGGAGUAUCGGGACUUCUAUGGCCGCCGCAUGAUUCAGCGCAUCCAGCAGAGGACGUACUGCUGCAGUCUGUCCAUCAGCACACAGAACUCAUUACCAAGCAGCCAGUGCACCAAGCCGGCAUGAGGACAGAAGGAGCAUAGAAACCUGAGGACUGUUCUCAUGGCUGUGCUGUUUCACUUACAGCAGGGGGGUCAAACUCAAUUUCAUCGUGGGCCUCAUAAGCGUUAUAGUUCCCCAUAAAGGGCCGGUUGUAACUUUAAGACUUUAUAAAUAUACAUAUCUAAUGUAUAAAAUAAUGUAUUAUUUGACAUAAUUGUUCUGCAUUGGAAUAUUAUUGGUUUUAGUUAUAACCUGAUUAAUAUCUCCCUUAAAGCAGAACUCUUUGGGUGCACACUUACAUUUUGCUGUCUUACAGUAACAUAAAUCCCAUGAAUUUAUGAGAUAAAGUUAGCCUCAUCAUAUCUCAUCAGAGAUCAACAUAUUUUUUAAGUGAAUAAUAAAAAAAAGAAAAUACAAUCUACAGUAUGUUAAUGCUGAGAUAUCCAGGGAUGCGUUUUCCUAAAAUAUUGCAAAUAAAUGAUUUUGGCUCAUACAUUGCAUAAAGAUGAAAAUAACAUAAAAGCUUAUUUGAUGCAUUAGCAACAACACAACACCUUACAAUGAUUACUUUUCAUAUCACAAAAUAUUAUUUCAUCACAUACAUUUUCCAUUAAUGAGUUAUAACAACUAAUUCAUUUUGUUUGAACUAUUUUCUGUAUGAACGGAUCAUCUAGCAGUUUUUGGAAAUGUGUCAUAAUAGGUGAAACUCCUGUUCUAACAUUAAACAUUUUAUUAUGUUUUAAA